UUCUCAGUUUUCGAUUUGGGAUUGAAUUAUUGAAAUGAGUUCGAUCUCUGGGUUGGUUGAAGAUGAGAUCAGUUCGUUUUUCGAAUCGUCUCCACCUCUGAAGAACAAGGAGGAGGUCGUAGCGAAGCUCAAUCAGUUCAUUGAGCUGAAUUCUUCGCGGCAAGGAGAGAAGAGGAGGAUUGUGUGUGUGACUUCAGGUGGAACUACAGUUCCAUUGGAGCAACGAUGCGUAAGGUAUAUCGAUAAUUUCAGCUCCGGCAAUAGAGGUGCUGCGUCUACUGAGAACUUCGUCAAGGCUGGAUAUGCUGUGAUCUUUCUGUAUAGGAGGGGUACUUGCCAACCGUAUUGCCGGUCUCUUCCUGAUGAUCCAUUCCUUGAAUGUUUUGAGUUUCCAGAUGCCAAAAAUAUCCGAGUUCGUGAGUCACAUUCUGAAGCUGUGAAGAUGGCUGUUAUGGACCAGCAAGCUGCAGUAGGAGAAGGUCGCUUACUAAAGCUCCCAUUCUCAACCAUAUAUGAAUAUCUCCAGAUGUUGCGUGAAAUGGCAACGGCAUUGAAAGAUGUUGGUCCAUGUUCAAUGUUUUAUCUUGCUGCUGCUGUAUCUGACUUCUAUGUGCCAUGGAAUAGCAUGACAGAGCACAAAAUACAAUCAGGAUCUGGUCCUUUGGACAUAAGACUAGCUCAAGUCCCUAAAAUGAUUUCAAUCUUGAGAUCAAAUUGGGCUCCAAAGGCUUUCUGCGUAUCAUUCAAGCUUGAGACAGACUCGAAGAUUUUGAUAGAGAAGGCUACAAAGGCUCUACAAAAAUACAAAGUGCACGCAGUUGUAGCCAAUGAGCUAUCAACACGCAAGGAGGAGGUUGUGGUUGUCUCAAGCAGCGGUAACGUAGUGGUGAGACGUGAUUCCGACAAGCCUGAGUCUAUCGUUGAAGAUAAUCUCAUUCGUCUCAUCGUAGAUCGACACUCAACUUACAUCAAAGAAAAUCACACUUGAUCUCCUUAUCACACUUUCCUUUCCAUACAUGUGUUCGGUGUGGAUAUCAGAUUAUACAACCGUUUCUUAUGUUUUUCUUUUCACAUGUUCGGACUAUAUGAAUAACUGAUCCUAGAAAUCAGUCUUUUGAUUCAAAUACUUUCAACAAAUAAAUGAACUAACUUAUCUAGUA